GCCGAUCAACUAACAGAGGAACAGAUUGCAGAAUUCAAGGAGGCUUUCUCCCUCUUUGACAAGGAUGGAGAUGGUACGAUCACCACGAAGGAGUUGGGAACUGUCAUGCGAUCUCUGGGACAAAAUCCGACCGAGGCAGAGCUACAGGAUAUGAUUAAUGAGGUCGAUGCCGAUGGCAACGGAACCAUCGAUUUCCCUGAAUUUCUGACCAUGAUGGCGCGUAAAAUGAAGGACACAGAUAGCGAGGAAGAAAUUCGGGAAGCCUUCCGGGUGUUCGACAAAGACGGCAAUGGAUUUAUCUCUGCAGCCGAAUUACGGCACGUAAUGACAAACCUCGGUGAGAAGUUGACGGAUGAAGAAGUCGAUGAAAUGAUCCGCGAAGCUGAUAUUGAUGGCGACGGUCAAGUAAACUACGAGGAAAACGCUGGUAGGAUCAAUAGGCUACCUCUAGUGGACGAAUGUCUGCAGCUUCAAAUUGGCAUCGUCAGUGACUUGCAUGCAACCGCGUUAGCUGUCGACGGGCAGAAGAUGGAAUAUCAAGUAACAUUAUUCUCAUGGUACCAAGUCACUGAAAUACUAAGGAGGGCGAGAUGGCCCAAGUGGUUAGAGUGCGAAUUUACUGAUCAGAAGGUCCGUGGCUCGAACUCGACCUCCGCCUCUCGACUUCCUCUGUCCAGGCCUAGGCAACCUGGCAGUAUCUCGGCCCCUGCGCUUCCUUCGGGUGGCAUGGCAGCUAGGCACCGAAGGGUGGUACAGCUGAACAAUUAUAUUAUUAUUAUUUUCGUACAAACCUAUUUUUUGCUUGUACUCAGAAGGCUUGGGCAACCUGGCAGUAUCCUAGCCCUCGUGCAACCUUCGGGUGGCAUGGCAGUUAGGCUCCUGAAGGAUGCUACAGCUAAACGUUUUUUUACGGUCUGA